AUGUGGUUUCCGUUAAGCUGGAUAACAGGUAAACCACUGGCCAGGGCUCCCCCGGAGCCGAGGCGCCGGCGGGGGCUGGGCUGCGAGCGGGAUCUCCGAGCGAGCCCUGCGCCGCCGAUCCCCGUUCCCUGCGGUGCAGCAUCCUGGGAAGGGGCGGGGGUAGGGGACGCAAGGGGGGGGCGGUCACCGCCGCGCUGGGAGCCGCCGUCGGAGCGUCCCUGCGGCCGCUGCGCCUUGAGAAGGAGCUGCCGCAGCCCGAGGCAGAGGCAGCGGCAGGCAGAGGGGCGGCGGGGCCGGGCUGGGCAGGGGGCUGGCCGCGCGCCUUGCGCCGCCGGGGAGCAGGCCGGAAGCUUCCGAGCCGAGAAGGAAUUGCUAGCUAGCUUCGGGGCGCGUGCCUCUGGAGCCAGCGUGGUGGCCAUAGACAACAAGAUCGAGCAGGCCAUGGAUCUGGUGAAGAAUCAUCUGAUGUAUGCUGUCAGAGAGGAGGUGGAGAUCCUGAAGGAGCAGAUCCGAGAGCUGGUGGAGAAGAACUCCCAGCUGGAGCGCGAGAAUACCCUCUUGAAGACCCUGGCGAGCCCAGAGCAGCUGGAGAAGUUCCAGUCUCGUCUGAGCCCCGAGGAGCCGGUUCCCGACACCCCGCAGGCGCCCGAGGCCCCCGGUGGUUCUGCGGUGUAAGUGGCUCUGUCCUUAGGGUGGGCAGAGCCACUAAACUUGUUCUACCUAGUUCUUUCCAGUUUGUUUUUGGUUCCCCAAGCGUCAUCUCACGUGGAGAACUUUACACCUAGCAUAGCUGGUGCCAAGAGAUGUCCUGAGGACAUGGCCACCUGGGUCCACUCCAGUGACAGACCCCUGACAAAGAGCAGGUCUCUGGAGGCUGAGUUGCAUGGGGCCUCGUCACCCCCCGCCAGUGAGCCUCUCCUGCCACCGUGCCCUGGGGGCUCCCAGGGCCUGGGCAACUUAGCUGCAACUGGCGAAGGAGAAAUGUGGUGUGAGAUGUGACGCCAGUUUACUCCAGAAAGCAUAAGGGGUCUGUUUUUGUUGUUGUUGCUUUUUGUUUUUCAUUUCCAUGGACAUCUUCAGCAGCUUCACCUGACAACGACUGUUCCUAUGAAGAAGCCACUUGUGUUUUGAGCAGAGGCAACCUCUCUCUUCUCCCCUGCCUGGCCAGGGCAGGGCCACAGAUAGGAGAGAUUGAGCCAAGUCAGCCUUCUGUUGGUUAAUAUGGUCUAAUGCAUGGCUUUGUGCACAGCCCAGUGUGGGAUUACGGCUUUGGGAUGACUGCUUACAAAGUUCUGUUUGGUUAGUGUUGGCAUAGAUUUCUAUAUAGCCAUACAUGCAUAUAUAAACCCAUAGGGCUAGAUCUCUAUCUUAGUGUAGCGAUGUAUACGUACACAUACACACACUUGUGUGCUGAAGGGCCUAACCGGCUUUGGGGUAUCAACUGGUCCCUUAUCUCUUCAGGCUAAUCCUUUGACUGUGUUCAUUUACCAAGUUGGUCCGGUUUGUCCUUUAUGUUACGUAAGACUACAGAGUAGAGGCGGGGAGGGGGCCGGCCUCUGAAUGCGGCCACAGAUGCCUCGCCGCUUCAGCCCUUGCCCCAUCUGUCCCCGGAAGACACAGGAGGGGACAGCCUCUGCCUCAUCUGUCCCCUGAAGACACGGGAGGUCCCCUCUCAAAUGCCAAACCCACCAUUCACUGGUGCUGACUACACAGAAUGGGGUUGAGAGAAGACCAGCCAGGGCCUUCACAUUGUCAUGCAAAAACUUUUGUUCUUUAACGUUUGUGGAAAACUCUAGAGUGAACCGAAGGAUUGGCUUGCUAGCGUCCCCUUGGGGACAAGGCAUGGACCAGGGGAUGGCUUUGACCCAACUGGUGCCUGGGUGAUGUGCUCAGGGAGCUUGUGUCGAGGGAGGGGGGUUCUGCGGCAGUGAACACUUUCCACUUUCCGACACCUUAUCCUGAUGUUAUGUCUCCAGGAUUUGGAUUUUGAUUUUUCAAAUGUAGCUUGAAAUUUCAAUAAACUUUGCUCUUUUUUUUU